UCCAAUAAAAAAGAGUUCAUCCAGACUUCAUGUAUUACUACACUUUCAACUACCUGCUGGGUUCCUUAACUUUAAAUUGAUCUCUUCUAAGAUCGCCUGCAGGAUGAACUGCACUAGAAUUGGACUUCGUUAUUACUACUCCACCUCUCCUUUCAAUCAAAGAACUCUGCUUUUCAAAAAUGCUCCCAAGGUCGAUGAUGCCCUCCAAGUGUUCGAUGAAAUGCUUCAAAGACAACCUCCGCCUUCCAUCUUCCAAUUUACUCAACUGAUUUCUGUUAUUGUAAAGAUGAAACAGUAUUCCACUGCACUUAAGCUCUUUAAGCAAAUGAGAUUGAUGGGUGUUCCUGUUAGUAUCCCUACAAUGAACAUUUCCAUUAACUGUUAUUGCCGCCUGAAUCAAGUUGCUUAUGGUUUUGCCUUACUAGCAACCCUUUUCAAGCAAGGUUUUUCACCCAGUUUGGCCACCUAUAGCACUCUCAUUCAUGGGCUUGUUCUUGCUGAUCGCGUCUUUGAAGCUGUUGAGUUGUUCAAGAAACUGCUUAGAGAUAAACUUUGUGAUCCUGAUCAAGUUAUGUAUGGAACCGUUAUUAAUGGCCUAUGUAAAGUCGGCCACACUAGCAAGGCCAUUGAAUUGCUCACGUUCAUGGAAUCAGGCUCAUGUAAACCGUGUGUAGAACAGUACAGCGUUGUCAUUGACAGCCUUUGCAAAGACAAAAUGGUUGAUCAUGCACUAGAGUUGUUUGCCAAGAUGACUGGAAAGGGUGUCCUUGCAGACGUUAUCACUUACAACUCUUUGAUUCAUGGUCUAUGUAACUUCGGUCGAGAGACAGAAGCUGCCAAAAUGUUGAGAAAUAUGGAGGAGGAAGGAGUAUCUCCAACAGUGGCUACAUUUAAUAUCUUGGUAAAUUCCUUUUGUAAGCAAGGAUCUGUAAAAGAUGCAGAGCUUGCUGUACAAGAAAUGGUACGCAGAGGACUAUGUCCCAAUGUAAUCACUUAUAGUGCACUAAUCGAUGGAUAUUGUUUACGUGGUGAAAUAGAUGAAGCAGAGAAAGUUCUCAAUGGCAUGACGGAGAAGGAUCUCGCGCCCAAUAUCAUUACCUAUAACAGUCUGAUAAAUGGAUACUGUAAGAAGAAGCAAAUUGAUAAGGCUAGGCAUCUUUUUCAAGAGAUCCAAGACAAGGGUUUGAUUCCCGAUGUAAUUACUUACAAUAGCAUGUUACAAGGUUUGUUUGAAUCAGGGAAUCCUGCAGCGGCUAGAGAACUCUUUAACGAGAUGCAAGCAAAGGGCCAGGCUCCCAAUAUAUACACUUAUCGUAUCUUGUUGCAUGGAAUGUGCAAAAACUCACAGUGUUCUGAUGCUUUGGCUCUCUUUCGAUCGGUGGAGAGCAAAGAAUUGAUGGUUGUAACAAAUGCGGGAAGCCUAACUUGGCUGUGGAUCUGCUUAUUUGGUAAAGCAAAAGAAUUGCUUAGAAAGAUGGAAGAGAAAGGUUGUUUGGCCAAUAGUGUGACGUACAAUGUGAUUGUUCAGGAAUUCUUGAAAGAAAAAGCAUUCGAAGAAGCAGAGAUUCUUCUCGAGGAAAUGAUUAGCCGAGGUUUCUCGCCUGAUUCCACUACCUUUGAGAUGGGUAUAAUGGUCCAGACAUUGGCGGAUGCUUCAGAAACCACUGUGGUGGUUACGGUUUACUCUAAAAGAAGGUUGACUGACAUGCAGAAGGAUGAAGAACGGCUACUGCUGCAUAUCGUACCGUAUAGAACACUUUUGCUAUCGUGGCGGUUGUGGUUCGAAGUAGGGGGCGGAGGAACAGUGCUUCUGCCUGUUUUGAAAUUGAAAGCAGAGAUGAACUGCACGAGAAGAAUUGGACUUCGUUAUUACUCUACUGCUUCACCUUCAACCUCCCAUUUCAAUCAAAGAAUUACAUCCCUUCAAAAUGCUUCAGGACCCACCAAGGUGAAUGACGCCCUCCAACUGUUUGAUGAAAUGCUUCAAAGACAACCUCCACCUAACAUCAUCCAACUUAAUCAGCUCAUCACUCUUAUUGUAAAGAUGAAGCAAUAUUCCACUGCCCUUUCACUUUACAAACAAACAAAGUUGAUGGGUAUUCCUACUGAUCUUUAUGCAAUGAACAUCUCUAUUAACUGUCAUUGCCGGUUGGAUCAAGUUGCUUACGGUUUCGCCUUACUAGCCACCAUCCUCAAGCAGGGUCAUCAACCCGAUUUGGCUACAUAUAACACUCUCAUAAAUGGGCUUGUUCUUGCUGAUCGAGUUUUUGAUGCUGUUGAGUUGUUUAAGAAACUGCUUAGAGAUAAACUUUGUGAUCCUAAUCAAAUUAUGUAUGGAACCGUUAUUAAUGGGCUCUGUAAAGUAGGUCACACUAGCAAGGCCCUUGAACUGCUCAGGUACUUGGAAUCAGGCUCUUGUAAACCAGAUGUAGUACAGUACAAUGCAGUCAUCGACAGCCUUUGCAAAGACAAAAUGGUUGAUCAUGCAUUACAACUAUUUGCCAAUAUGACUGAAAAGGGUGUGCGUGCAGACGUUAUCACUUACAACUCUCUGAUUCAUGGUCUGUGUAACUUUGGUAGAGAGACAGAAGCUGCACAAAUGUUGAGAGAUAUGGAGGAGGAAGGGGUAUCUCCAGGUGUGGAUACCUUUACUAUCUUGGUGGAUUCUUUUUGUAAGAAAGGAUCUGUAAAAGAUGCAGAGCUUGCUGUACAAGCAAUGGUACGAAGAGGACUACAUCCAGAUGUAAUCACUUAUAGUGCACUAAUUGAUGGAUAUUGUUUACGUGGUGAAAUAGAUGAAGCAGAGAAAGUUAUAGAUCGCAUGAUGGAAAGGGAUAUUGUGCCCAACAUCAUCACAUAUAGCAGGCUCAUAGAUGGAUACUGUAAGAAAAAGAGAAUCCACAAGGCCUGGCUUCUCUUUCAAGAGAUCCAAGACAAGGGUUUGAUUCCCGAUGUAAUUACUUACAAUAGCAUGUUACAAGGUUUGUUUGAAUCAGGGAAUCCUGCAGCGGCUAGAGAACUCUUUAACAAGAUGCAAGCAAAGGGCCUGGCUCCCAAUAUAUUCACCUAUCGUAUCUUAUUGCAUGGAAUGUGCAAAAACUCCCAGUGUUCUGAUGCAUUGGCUCUCUUGCGACCACUGGAAAGCACAGAACUGAUGGAAGAUGUAGGGUUGUAUAAUAUAUUGAUUGACGGUUGUAGCAAAUGUGGGAAUCCUAACGUGGCUAUGGGUCUGUUUGAUGAACUCUGUUUGAAAGGAUUGAAACCUGAUGUUAGGACAUAUACAGUGAUGAUAAGCGUGUAUUGCCAAGAAGGGUUAUUUGUUAAAGGUAAAAAAUUGCUUAGAAAGAUGGAAGAGAAUGGUUGUUUGCCAAACAGAGUGACGUACAAUGUUCUUGUUCGAGAGUUGCUGAAGAAAAACGAGUGUGAGGAGGCAGAGAUUUAUCUUGAAGAAAUGAUAAACCGAGGUUUUAUGCCUGAUCAUGCUACUUUUGAGAAUUUACUACCCCGGAUCCCAAACGUAGGAAAAGAUUCUCGUUUGCGAACUAUCAUUCUAAAACUAACAAGUUGAGAAAGAAAAGAGGGCAGAAUAUCUAAUCUAAUCUAAUCUAAGCUAAUAUAUAAUUUGCAUUUGUAUCACACCAUCCAGAUGUGUCUUUAAGAUCUACACUUAAUAUAAUCUCAAUUUCUGCACACUGCCACAUUUGAGAUUUUGAAUAA